AUGGUACCUCCCGCAGUAUCAAAAUGGCUACCGCUAGCAUCAGACCCAUUCCCACCAACCCACAAAGCAGGUUCGGAAUUUGAAGGCUUUUUCAUCCGGUUACAAUCGCAUUCUGGUCGUUCCCACAUCCCCCAGCCCCCCUCCAAUCCCUCUCAACAGCAGCAGAGGAGGCCUUCGGCGGAAAGCUCGCCAUCACGUAUUACACGCCUUACCAAAUCAUCCCCACACGCACCAGGUCUUCGAAAAGGAAAUCGCUCCUCCUCCCCCUCUUCUAGCUUCUCAAGUUCAUCCAACGCAGAAACCCCUUCUCCAACCCCACCCUCGCCUAGAACCUCACAACAGCUUUCCUCAGGAACCAUCUCACCAAAGGCGAGAGCGUCGCUGUCGAUGUUGACGGAUAUAGAUCCUGUUUUUGCUAGUCCUGAAUCCCUCCUUCCCCCCUCAUCCACCACCGUUGCAGGGCCAAGUGUCAUCCCAAACCCAUUCACCAACAAAGCAAAAUCAACAGGCGAUAAGGCCGGCCUGUUACCUACCUCAUCACCAGGUGAUUUGAUUCUGGUAGUGUGCGAGUUGCAGUCUGCACCAAUAGAUCAGAGGAUAUGUAUUUAUCUGAGGUGGAUUGUGCAUGGUGAAGAACCUGCCCUCUACCAGAAUUUACAUAAUGAGGAAGGGUGUGGGAAGAAGGGGGAAAGGUUACCGACCAACGCGGAAGGGAAGCGAGAAAGUUUUGAACUGGCCAAAUACAUUCCUUCCUGGCAGCUAAAGUUGGGGGAGAAGGUGAAGGUUGGUGCUGUUCAGCCGUUUCGUAUCGACCUCGCCUCUACCUUGGAUGACGGGAUGGACUUGGAGGGUGGGUUGGGGUUUAUGCAGGUUACUGAGGAGGGAAAUGUUAUCGUCGAUCUUACACUUCCGAAUCCAGCGAAGGCAGGUGGGGGGACUAGGGUGAGGGUGAGAAGUACGAAGCAUUCCCCCUGGCACCCGAGCCAGACCAAACAAAGGGGUGCGAUGGGUGGAAGCGGCCCGGAAGGAUGGAUCCAACACCUCGGCCUCCUCCUUCCAUUACACUGGUAUGUUCACUCGACCUCUGCUCCAGCGUUGUUCUCUAUCGAACAUAUUUCCCUUUCACAGGGGCAAAGAGGAGAGAACGAAGCGGGGGAGCUGGAAAAGGCAGUAGCAGCAGGACGAGCCUCGCUUCAUAUAGAGAAGAAUUGGGGACAAGCAUUUCCAUCCGGUUGGAUGUGGUGUCAUGGUUCAACACCCCUCCUAGACCCCUCCCUCUCUCCCACUACUACAGCCGUAGAACCUCAAGCAAGAGUCUCGCUUGCGGGGGGCAGCAUCCUCGGCCUCACCGCUUUCCUUGCCGGUAUUUAUAUCCGUAAAGAAGGGGCAGGGGAGUGGGAUUGGAACUUUACCCCUCCUUUCGCUCUCGGCCCCCAAUUCUCCCUUGCGUCUCGCGCGGGGAGGGUGCAUACUGGCCCAGGUCUUAAAAUGACCCGCAAUUUUCCCAAAAAGUCGUUUAAGCUCGAAGUAUGGGAUUUGACAAGAUACGCAUCGAUCGAGGUGAGGGGAGAUGAAGAAACGUUUGCGACCCAAAUUCCAGGGCCUUGUAAAUGUGGUUGGACUCCCGCGUAUUGUCAUCAUAGCUAUAGGUGCCGGGCGAAGGUGGUGCUUUAUGAGAGAAAGAAGAGGGCAUUCUUGGGGUUGCUGGUGAAGGUGGUUUGGUGUCCAAUGAAGACGGUGAAGGCGGUGAAGGAGUUCUGGAGAGGAGGAGGCGAAGAAGGGUGGAAAGGGUUGGGAUGGGAGAAGGUGGUUGAGGUCGAGUUGGCGGAUAGAGUUGCGUUGGAAUUCGGGGGCGAUUUUGCUUACUGA